UGAUUCCCCGCCAGCACUCGGCAAUCUCAGAGGAUUUCUGAUGGGGGAGAGACCUGUAUCUAAACAAUACAGAUCUCUCCCCUGUCAGUUCCUGCACACUGCUUUGUAUGGCUCUGCAUAGCAGAGCCAAACAAAGCAGUGUGCUUGCAGUGAAACACAGCACACAGCCUCAAAGUAAAACAGUACACAGUUAACCCUUUGAUCGCCCCACAUGUUAACCCCUUCCUGCCCAGUGCCAUUAGUACAGUGUCAGUUGCUUUUUAUUAGCACUGAUUACUGUAUUGGUAUCACUGGGGAUGUCAAUGACACCAAGUCAGUUUCUCCUAGUGUCAGAAUGCCCGCCGCAGUCCCACUAUAAGUCGCUGA